UCCCGAAGUAAAGAAAAACAGACAGACACACAUGCCGUUCUGCGCCAAACCAGAAGGGAGUGGGAGGGGACCUGGAUGAAAGCAGAGAUCCUGUCAGUGUGUGCAGUGCUGCUCAUCUCAUCUCACAACUGUACUAUCCACUGUCGAACUGCUCCUGAACCGUCUGACUUCGACUGACUCUCUCAAACCUAAAGGGUUAAAGCAAACAACUAAAAUCCCUCCUAUUUUUUUUCCUCCGGAGGAUAUGGAGAGCCACCUGCCAACUUCUAAGGAGUAAAAUCCCUCACACCCUGUCUCUCUUUCCUUCCUUCUGGAACUCUUCUGCUUUCUCUCUCUCUCUCUGAGUAUUUCACCCUGACUCCUUAUAUUUUACCCCUGGCAGAGAGAGACUCCCAUGGACCCCCGGGUUCCGCUGCUGUCGUUAGUAACUUGGAGCGCUCUGGGAACUUCGUGAACUUCCCCGUCUGUGCCUCUGUUCCGGAGUAGGAGAGAGAGACGGAGGGAGAGACGGAGGGAGAGACGGAGGGAGAGACGGAGGGAGAGGGGGGUAGCAGUAGUUGAAGCAGCCCUGCAGACGAAGACUCCUCUGGAGACCUCAGAACCUCAGGACCGGCUAGAACCAACCAGCAGGACAUCGAGCUGGUGAUACCUCCCCAGGGGACAGGCCACCAUGAAGGGCCAGCGUCUCAACCGCCUCUCCCACCUGGGGCUACUCUUACUGCUCCUGGACCUGGACGUGAGUCACGGCUCCGCUGCUCCUGCUGAGGACGAGGAUUACUACAUGCAGGAGUUACUCACCAGGGACCACUACCACCACGCGGCACCUGAGGAGGAGAUGGUACCACCCGUUCCCCCCUUCGAAGGGGCCCGAGGGACCGACAGGAACAAACGUCCCCCCAGCCUGGAGACGACCGACAGGAUCAAACGUCCCCCCAGUCAGAAGGAGACAACCAACAGGAACAAGCGUCCCCUCAGCCAGGAGACGACCGACAGAAACAAGCGUCCCUCCAUCCAGAAGGAGGCGACCGCCAAGGCAGAAAACGUCAGACAAACAGACAAGACCAGGGUCACUGAAACGAAGUCAGUGAAGAAUGGAAACAAGAAGGAUGAGAAGAACAGAAAGGGAACGUUGAAAACUCCCAACAGCAUCAACGAGGGAGAGGGCCACUACAAGUCAGCAAGAGAGGAAUGCCCUCCAAUGGGACUAGAGACCCUGAAGAUUGAUGACUUUCAGCUCCAUGCCUCCACGAUGAGACGUUACGGGCUGGGAGCACACAGAGGACGACUCAACAUACAGGCUGGCCUGUAUGAUGAUGAUCUUUACGAUGGAGCCUGGUGUGCUGGGAGGAACGACCCCCUGCAGUGGCUGGAGGUGGACGCCAGGAGGCUGACCAAGUUCACAGGGGUCAUCACACAGGGAAGGAGCUCUCUCUGGUCGAGCGACUGGGUGACAUCAUACAAGGUCCUUGUGAGCAACGACAGUCACACCUGGGUCACUCUGAAGAAUGGAUCACAAGACCUGGUGAUGGAGAUCAAUAGCUCAUGGUCCAUAGAUGUACUGUUUCCUGUGGCUGCCGUGGCCCGUUACAUCAGGGUCAACCCUCGUUCCUGGUUCAACCGUGGCAGCAUCUGUAUGAGAGUGGAGAUCCUGGGAUGUCCCAUGCCAGACUCUCAGAACUAUUACCACAGACGGAAUGAGAUCACAACAACAGACAACCUGGACUUCAAACAUCACAGCUACAAAGAGAUGAGGCAUCUGAUGAAGGUGGUUAAUGAGAUGUGCCCCAACAUCACAAGGAUCUAUAACAUCGGCAAGAGCCACAGCGGACAGAAACUCUACGCCAUCGAGAUCUCAGACAACCCCGGAGAGCAUGAACCAGGUGAACCAGAGUUCCGCUACACGGCCGGUUCCCAUGGUAACGAGGUGCUGGGCCGAGAGCUGCUCCUGCUGCUGAUGCAGUUCAUGUGUCAGGAGUAUCUGUCGGGGAGCCCACGGAUACGUCACCUGGUGCACGAGACCAGGAUACACCUGCUCCCCUCCGUCAACCCCGACGGUUACGACAAAGCCCUUGAAGUGGGUUCAGAGCUGAGUGGCUGGUCCCUGGGUCGGUGGAGUCAGGACGGAGUAGACAUCCACCAUAACUUCCCUGACCUCAACUCCAUCCUGUGGGAGGCUGAAACAAAGAAAUGGAUCCCCAGGAAGAUGCUCAACCACCAUGUGCCCAUUCCCGAAUGGUAUCAGUCCAAGAACUCCACGGUAGCAGCAGAGACGCGUGCUCUGGUCUCCUGGAUGGAGAAGAUCCCGUUUGUCCUGGGUGGUAACCUCCAGGGAGGGGAGUUGGUGGUGACCUUCCCCUACGACAGGACCCGUUCCCAGGGUGUAUCCAGGGAGCAGACCCCCACCCCAGACGACCACGUCUUCCGCUGGCUCGCCUUCUCCUACGCAUCCACCCACCGCCUGAUGACCGACGCCAGACGGCGAGUCUGCCACACCGAGGACUUUGCCAAGGAAGAUGGCACCAUCAACGGGGCGUCCUGGCACACCGCGGCAGGGAGUAUGAACGACUUCAGCUACUUGCACACCAACUGCUUUGAGUUGUCGAUGUACGUGGGCUGUGACAAAUUCCCCCAUGAGAGUGAGCUGGCGGAGGAGUGGGAAAACAACCGGGAGUCUCUGCUCGUCUUCAUGGAGCAGGUGCAUCGUGGGAUCAAAGGCAUUGUCUGGGACAUGCAGGGGCGGGGCAUAGCCAACGCCACCAUCCAAGUGGAAGGGAUCGGCCAUGACAUCAGAACAGCGGCGGACGGGGACUACUGGAGGCUGUUGAACCCAGGAGAGUACAGCAUCACGGUGAGGGCUGAGGGCUACAGCGCCAGCAGUAAGGUGUGUGAGGUGGGCUACGACAUCGGAGCGACCCGCUGUGACUUCACCGUCAGCCGCACCAACCUGUCACGCAUCAAGGAGAUCAUGGAGAGAUACAACAAGCAGCCCAUCAGACAGCCUCUCAGGCCACCCGUCAGGCAGCUGCAAGCACGCAGGCCUGGCCCCCGACACAGACGUGUGAGGACAUCAUAGGGGGCCCCACCAGGGAGCAUAAGAGAGAACGAGUAGCCUGGUCCCGCACCUGAAUGCGCUGUCUUGCCAACACCUGUGUUCAUUGUUCUGCCAAUCUGACAAUGACUUUACAGGACAAACUGAUCUGGGACAAGGCUCGGUGUGAAGAGAGCAAUGAGAGACAGACUCUACCAUCUCUCUCUCUAGUUCUGAUCCAACAUCUUCUUUGAUCGCCUUUCUCUGUUUUGGAACUCUGUUUCAUCCAUCCAGAGUGUUGGUGGAAGUGCAGAUUGGAGAUUGAUGGUAAAAGAUGAGAUAUUUUGAGUGAUAAAGGGGUUUUUCUGUAUUAAAAACAAGGUGCUGUUCUUUCAACCAUGAAUUAAGCUCUCUGGUGCUGGUCUUACUGUAAAAUAAGUGUCUUUCUGGGGGGGGUGGCGGCCAUCUUUAAAAAGUUGCAAUGACUUCUCUACCAAAGAGUUAUUACAGUAUACAUGGUUAAGCCGAAAUGUCAAUUUUUUACUUUGUGCCUUUAUUUGGUAAUGAAAGUGUCAAAUAUAUUUCAAAUUAUGAAUUUUGACCAUGGAUAUUACCAUGUGUCUCUCUACUAACUCAUGCAGUACCAGUACCAGUACUGUACCAGUACCAGUACCAGUACCAGUACAGUGCAGAAAUAACUAUCUUACUGACAUGUUUACAAGCUUCAUCCUUGCAAGUAAUAUCUUCUGAAAUUGUUCUUUGGAACAAAUAAAUAAAAUGAUGCAUAUAUUUUGAAAUGUAGAAAAAGCUCUAUAUAUAUUGUAUUUUUUUAUAUAAUGCCACUCCUCAUGUUACUUUUCUGCGUUCAGAAAGGAUUUAGAGUCCUAAAGGAUUUAGAGUCCUAAAGGAUUUAGACUCCAGGCUGCUUUUCAGCUCAUUUAUCCCCUGAUUUACUUAACAAAACAAAACGUCUCAAUAGCUGGUCCAGGUAUCCUCACGACAUCACAAGUUGGGGGGGGGGGGGCUUUCCUCUUUUGUUCUCUACUGCUCCUCUAUUGGUCCUCAUGCAAAGGGACGAGGCCGAUGACAUCACGAAUUCCCCCAUUCAAACCAACUCUUUGAACGCCCGACUCAUUAAAGGUUGCAGUUGUGUCUUAAAAAAAA